AUGAACAGGAUCCUCUUACCCUCAAGGCUUCUUCGUAACAUUAGCCCUAUCCUUAUACCCCACACUGCCAACGUUAGGCCAUACGCUAGAUUGCCAUUCCGAAGAGCUUCACAGACGCCUUGUCUGGCUCUUGGAACCAUCCGGUCACAUUCGUCCUCGCAUCCGUCCAAGCCUUUGGCAAACUCUUCGGUUUCACAUCCCUCUGGGUCUUCGGAUCAAAUUAAGGACGAUUCUCCCAUUCAAGAGGCUCGCUUAGGCAUCGUUUUUACCUGUACAGCAGAAGCGUGCUCCCAUCGUUCUUCGCAUACGUUUACGAAGCGUGCAUACGAACGCGGUAUUGUCAUUGUCCAAUGCCCCGGAUGCAAGAAUAGGCAUCUCAUCGCUGAUAAUCUCGGUUGGUUCAAAGAUAGCACGGAAGAUGGAAAACUCAGAAAUAUUGAGGAUCUCCUUCGUGCUCGUGGCGAAAACGUUAAAAGAGGCGUUUUGGACACUGAUGGUGUGGUGGAAUUUGCUGAUGAAGCUGGUAGAAAGUAG